AUGCAGGCCUCCGGCUGCCAGCUCUUCCACAGCGCUGGUGGCCUCCCAGGAUUGUAUCCCGGACCCCCCCCCAAUGAGCAGGUCCGGGCAGGUCCCUCAGUGUCUGCAUCUAGUGCGGUGCAACCUGGCGGGGGGUCAGCUAGCUGGCCUAUAACACGUUCUCAAUCCUUAUGCACGCAGAAGUCCAAACCCGGCACUAAAAAAUCCGGUCGUUCGGGGGCCGCCACCAAAGCAUCACGGCCCUCCCGCUCUAAUUCAAAUCAGCAAAUAAUCGAUGUCCCUAGUAUGUUUCAGGACUCUCCUUCUCAGCCCAUUCCAUCAGAGGGUGCAUCUGGGUCUUCCUCGGAUGAGGAGCUACCUCCGCAGCAGACUACAUCAGCAUCCACUGACCCAGCACCUCAGGACAGCGGUGCCAAGGGGGGGAAGAGAAAGGCUAAGAGGAAGCACGUUUCCAAGAAGAGCAAGAGGAGCGAGCCGUCCGACUCCGAGGAUGAAACAGGUACCUCUUCUUCAGAUGGUGAUAGCGAUGCUCCCAUGGAGAGCUACUGGGGAGAAGGAGAAGAAACUGGGGCCCCCUUGUGGAUGCAUGAGAGAAGGGCCAAUUCGCACCGAAAAACCUUUAAUGGUACCCUGGAAUGGAAGGGUGGUGCUCUAGUGGAAGAUGUUAAAAUCUCAACUAAUUUGUCUACUGACUUUAUCCAAGGUAACUACCUUUCAAAAAGAAAAAGGAAUAAGAUACUAAAUGGGGAUUUCAUAGAUAUGUUUACGUUGCUACCACCAGCCCAAAUGAAGGGGAAAGGGGAGAUGAAGAGGUAUUACGGGAAGAAAAGGCAUAGGUCACCUCGGGCGGAGCGCACCUUUGAGAAUUGGCUUAACGGGUUCCAGGUAUUCAUGGGUGUAGUGGUAGGUUGUUAUCCUAAACGCGGGUUGCACCUUGCUGCUUACCUGGCGCAUGUUAGAAGGGCCUGUGAACUGGCAGGGGAGGAAGCUCCUCUAAUGUAUGAUGAGGACUUUUGUAGAAAUGCCUCGGUGUUACCGUUCACCCGCUGGGACCUGAGGGACCAGAACUUCUGGAUGGAGCAUGUGGGCCCCUACAUCGAAAAGAAAACGCAGGACCCUGCCAAAUCCAGUAAGGUGGACGCAAAGCGUCGCAAACAAUGUUGGGAUUUUAAUAGGGGAGCCUGCCAGCGCCCUUCUUGUAAGUACAUACAUGACUGCGAAAAGUGUCUGGGCAGCCAUCCAGCAACAGCCUGCUACAAGAAUAAACAGCAGCCCUUUCAGGGCAGCAGGGGUCACCUCCAUCAGGUUAAUCGAGGCGGCCCCGCAGGCACUCCUGGUCCCUCCCACGGCACAGCGGGCAACCGCUACUAA